AUGUCGAAUGUAUUUCGAUUGCUGUUCACGGCGAUUUUCGCACUAGCUGCGUUGGUACUGGCCAUCGUUGCGUGUGCUGGGUCGACCAAAAAUUACUACCCAAUAAACCAGAUAUACGUUGCUCAAUUGAGUUUGAAGGAGGCUGCACUCUCGGCGCUCAUCCCAACGCUGGCCAGUGUGACGAACUCUGAGGUGCAAUUGCCCUCGGCGAUCAAUCUCGGGCUGUGGUCGUACUGUUUGGAGUCGUCCUCUGGUUCCAUUGAGUCGUGUACAUCGCCAAAGGGGAUCCAGCAGUUCAACUUGAAGGACAUGAUAUACGACAACAUAGAGAACAACACGCUCUUGCAGGCGUUAGAUGCGUCUGCAGUGGUGCUUCCGACGAGUGUUCAGGACAAACUGACGUACAUCAACAACAUUAUUAAAUGCACAUUCAUCACUUUGUUGAUCGGGAUAGCGCUGACGUUUUUGAACCUGGUGUUCUGCCUGAUCCGGUGGAUCAUACACAUCAGAGUGUUCAAGUGGCUCGGGGUUUUUUGCUCCUUUUUCGGGUUCAUAAGCCUGCUCAUCAGUAUGGGGUGCGCCACAGGUGUGUUCGUGUUCGUGAAACAUACAUUGGACAAGGACUAUUCGCAGUACGGUAUCGAAUUGAACUUGGGCCGCAAUUUCAUGGGGAUUGCGUGGGGGGCUGUUGCCGCUGCGCUGUUCAACCUGAUCACAUGGCUCUCCGUGAGGUCCGCCAACAGAGCAAGGGUCGUUUACGCGCAGGAUCCACUCGAAAAGAAGCCAUUUAUGUAA